AUGGAAUACCCAUGCUCUCCUUUUUCGCAUCAGACUUGUCAGGUCGAUGUUGUAUCCCAGCAAUCUCCCGUCAGUUUCGUACCCUAUUCCCCAUGGGAUGUCGACCUUGCUAUGUUGCGGAACGAAGAGGACAUUUUAGAGAAUGGAUUGGCCACCUGCGUUACAUAUCUUCUGGCUCUGCGCAAAAAGCUUGCUCGAAACGAAAGGUCGCUGAACUUGGAUCCGCCACCGACGCGCACAAAACGCAAAAAGAUGGAACAGAGCAAGCGUAUGUUGGAAAGAGAGAUCCAAAACCGCCAGCGGGACGAACAAGCUUUUUUGAACAACCUUCAGGCUUGCAAGACGAACAUGUAUCUCACGGGAGGCAUCUGGAACCAAUCUACGGGUGUGUUCCCAACAAUGGCAGACUGCGCUUCCAGCAUGACGCAGCAAUCUUGCGAUGAUUCGGCACCCACUGAGGUCAGUUGGAAUGGAUGGGCCGAUGAUUCGGUGUCUCCGUUUGAGAAGUUGCGCAGCAACGCAGUUGUGCUCAAGGAGGUUGCACCCGACGAGCAGGAUCAUCAUGAUAACUCAGCAGCUCAGAUGAGGUCUAUAUCUUUACGAGUCCAUGAGCCAACGCUUGCUGUCUCCGUGUCCCAAGAUUACAUUGGCUUCAAAGGUGGUCGAUCGUCACUCAGUCCAGAAGCAAUAGUCUUCGAGCCGAUCAUCGAUGCGACAGGACAAGACGACCAACCCAAGAUCCAGCAGCUAGAGUGCGCCAAAGGAGAUAGCGCUUUGCAAAGAAGGCGAGUGACGGUUGCGAGCGUGCAUAGUUCAUUCAAAAAUCUUUCAUUACACACAAGGUCUGGGCACGAAGACGAACAAACCCAAACGUGGUACAACACCACCCCACAACGAAGCCCUCGGGACCGCACCAGAAUUGAGACUUGUGAGAGAUGCAGAUCUACUUCACUCUAG